AUGGCGGUGACGCGGUACCGGCGCUUCUUGAAGCUCUGCGAGGAGUGGCCCGUGGAGGAGACCAAGCGCGGGCGGGACUUGGGCACUUUCCUUCGGCAGAGGGUGGCGCAGGCCUUCCGCGAGGGAGAGAACACGCAGGUGGGGCGGGGGCGACGCCCGGAGGGGGAGGGGGAAGGUCGGCGCCCUGGGCAGCUGGUGGUCCCCGUAGUAUUUAAUCCAUAUUUAUGUGACGUGUUUGGGGUGGCCACCCUUGUUCUGGCAAAAUACAGGGCGGUUUGAUCUGGUCCUGAAGUGACUUCAAAGCAAUACAAUCUAUUUCAGACGAACAGGACGGCCCAUGUGGAACUUUUCACACGUGCAUACAUACACGCGAAUUUGUAAACCUGUCUGUGCUUAACCACAUGACCUUUCGCACGCCCUUUCCAACACGUGCAUUUGGAGAGGAUGCGUAACUUGGGCGAGAGAGAGCUCAAAUACAGGACAAAAACAGGGCGUAGCAUUUUGCAUGAAAUAUAGGACAGUCCUGUAUUAUACAGGAGGGGUGGCAACCCUUGUGUGUUUGUGCCUCUGUGUGGUGCUUGCAGGUCCGGAUUUAGGUUUGCUGAGGCCCUAAGCUACUGAAGGUAAUGGGGCCCUUUAUAAGUCCAGCUGUCCUUUGUCAACAACAAAUUGUCACUGCUUUUUUUGUUGAACAUAUGCUAUAUGGUAAUUUAUGGACCUAAUAGGUAUCUAAAGCCAUUUGCACAUAACAAAAUAUGUAUUUUAUCAAAGUAAUUGUUGAACUGAAAUACAAUUAAGAAGAAGUCUCUUAAGAGUGAAAAAAAAUUAAGCUCUCACUGUUUUAUUUUGUUUAUUUUUUAUCUUAUAUUUUGGAAAAGUACAUCCAAUAUUUUUUUCCUUAAUUUUUUUUUGGGCCUCCAAGAGGGUGGGGCCCUAAACUAUAGCUUGUUUAGCUUAUACGUAAAUCCGGCACUGGAUAUUUGCAUAGUGUAAUGGUGAAGAGACAGCGCAGGCUUCUGGUGCUUAUUCCCAAAUAUAGUCGUACCUUGGAAGCCAAACAGAAUCCGUUCCGGAAGUCCGUUCGAUUUCCAAAAUGUUCAGAAACCAAACCGCGGUUUCCGAUUGGCUGCAGGAAUCUCCUACAGCCAAUCAGAAGCUGCAGAAGCCACGUCGGACUUUCCGGCUUCCAAAGAACAUUCGCAAACUGGAACACUUCUGGGUUUGUGGUGUUUGGGAGCCAAAAGGUACAAGUGCCAAGGCGAUCGGCUUCUAAGGUACAACUGUAUUUCUGUGUCUUCAGUGAGGCUUACUCCCCAGGUAAGCGUGCACAGGAUUUUAGCCUGAAUCAAGCAGGCCCUAAGGUGAGUCAUGCCUGUGCUCAGGGCCAGCCCAAGACAUUUUAGCACCUGAGGCGAACCAUUAAGAUGUUUCCCCCCACUUUCCAGGCCAGGGAAGAAGGGGGCGUGAAGAUCUACAUCAGGGACAACUGGAGAAGAAAGCUCUUCAUCGGUAUAUACUACCCUGUGGAUCCUGCUGCCUGAAGUGGUUGCCUCAUGCUAGAGGCUGGCCCUGCUAGAGUAUCCAGAUUCGAACACAGGGUGGGGUCCCUGCAACUUUAAUAGUUGUUCAGAAGAGGGGUGCUUUUGGCAGGUGUCCCUGCCAUGCAAGCAAUUUUUAAGGUGCAGGAACCCUGCCUUUUAUAUCUAUGGGCCUCGUCCAAGACAUUCUGCUGCCUGAGGUGAAUCCUUCCCUCCCCAAGUCAAGAGGUGGAGUACAUCAAGGCCAGUCAUAUUAUUUGAGCAGCUGAGGCAGAAAUUCCUACAAGCAUCUCUCCCCUGUUCUGGCAGUAAAAUACAUUAAUAAAUGCAUCACAGUUUGGUACCUUUUCAUGAAUCUCAAAAUCAGCUGCCUCUUGUGCUGCCUAAUAUUAGAGCCAGCACUGUGCAUCUGACCACUCUGCUACCAGGUUUCCAGGAGAAUUAAUGAACUCCAUUUUAGAGCUCAAGUCAGUAUCUAAAUGCUUUUAAUAUAUAUGUAUAUAUCUUAUUUGAGACCUCACUCUUUGUUUAAUGGGACUUGGUGCCAAGGGGCAGAGCAAUCUGUACCCCACUUGCAAUGGGUUGGGAAGGAUAAGCUAAAUGGGCAGGAGUGCCAUUGAGGGGAUAUCCAGUAACAGUGCGGAAGAUCCCCAAAUGGGGUAUUCUUGGGUUUGAGCCAGUCUCACUGUUGCUGUGCAACAGCAUGAGGCCCAAUCCAAUUGUACGUUGUAAUUGUACUCCCCCCGCUACCUCAGUCACUGCUUGCACCAGGGCUCUGAAUGCAGUAUUAGCCAUGCAAGCAGCAGGAGUGAGGGUUGAGUUACAACUUUAAAAUGCAGGUUGCUUCACUGUGUGGGUUUUUGACACUUCAGAAUGAAAAGAUUCCAUUGGAAAUGGGGUGACAAGUUAGAAAGUUCUUCAGGUUUUUUCCUGUGUAAGGUGGGAUUGCCCUCCACCGCAGCAUGUGGCAAGGAAGAAUAUAAAUGUAAUUAUGAUAUCAGUUGCAUGAAAUUCUCUGAUAAACUGCUCUUGGCAGGAGUAAAUGAUUGAAGUGCUGUAUAAAAAUACUUAGAUAAAUUCACUUCUCCCCAAGCCACUUACAAUGACUGCUGUGUAGUGUCCAUAGCCUCUGUUUUUCUCUGGAUUAUAGCACAAUUUUUGAAAAGACCCAAUCACAGGAACACACCUCUUGUUCCAGGUAGCUUAAGAGGUUAAGGCUGUGGCUUUAAUAGCAUAUACAGUGGUACCUCGGGUUAAGAACUUAAUUCGUUCCGAAGGUCCGUUCUUAACCUGAAACUGUUCUUAACCUGAAGUACCACUUCAGCUAAUGGGGCCUCCCACUGCUGCUGCACCACCGCUGAACGAUUCCUGUUCUCAUCCUGAAGCAAAGUUCUUAACCCAAGGUACUAUUUCUGGGUUAGCGGAGUCUGUAACCUGAAGCAUCUUUAACCCAAGGUACCACUGUAUAGAGACUUUUGGCAAGUACAUUUCGGCAUGCAGUGGUGAAAAGAGCUGCACAUGUUGAAAUUCCCUCUUUUGACUGACUCCAGUAAAAUAUACUCUUAUGUGUAUUAUCAUCACAGUCCUCUACAAAUGGGUGUCAUUAUUAAUUCUUACAUGAAAGUUCCUUUUCAGAAAUUUAGUAUAUGAUAUGAAUCUUGGUGCAGUGGGGAACUUGAAGUUAGGGCCAGAUGAAAUGAAUAGUAGGUAUCUGGAUCUGACUUUAAGAGUUCCCUAGUUUCUCAUUAAAGUCUUUUGUCUCUGAUUUCCAGGCAGAGCUAGGUUUUCUGCUGGCUCUGAUGCUUUCAAAAAUUAUUCUUUUUCAUUUUUGAAGUACCUAAAUGUAUCCAAAGGCUAUACACAGAGUAAAGCAAAGACAGUCUGAGCCCACAAGCUUACAAUGUAAAAGACACAACACAAAAACAAAAAAGGGGGAAGGAAGGGAAGAGAAAAAUGAGGAAACUCAGGGACCAGUUCUUAAAGUUAGUUUUUAUAACCAUCAGUUUCAUUGGAAACAAUUCAGGGGAGGAACAUGGCAAAUGACAGCUGGUCUCUUAGCUGAACUGAUAGCCCUCUUUCUGUGCUGCAGUCAGGUGCCAAAAAUUGUUAGGUUCCCUUGCCCUCCAGGUUGAUGCCGGUUUAAAACCAGGUUCAUUUCGUUUGCGGGAUGUAUAAGCUUUUGCUGGAUUAUUUCCAGGUUACUUAACUGAUAGAGACCAUUUCUAUGGCCUUGCGCUUUUCUUGAUUUCAAGUCAUGAUUUGUUCAGCACUGAAAAUGUUUUGGAGUCAGUUCUUAAUGCCUGGGACAUCAGUGUAUGUAUGCAUUCUGGUAGUACAUCACCACAUAAUGCUCUCCAUGGAAGAAGAAUGCACUCUUUGCAAAAAUUAAUGAAAUAAAUCUAUGGCAGACACUCAUUUUUAAGAGAGUCAGAUCUUCUGAGCAUCCUCAGAGCAGGACUGUUCUGUUACUUUUGUCUGCUCCAUCCAUUUCAGAACGUGCUUUUCCUUUCUUUUUGUGCUCAGAGCAGCUGAUUCCUACCUUAAUUUUCCUAAACUGUCAUCGGUUUUGAAAAAUUUAAAUUGAUGCUUGCAGCGCUGAUAUCAAUUUGUAUGUAUAAAAUACUUUAUAUAGUAAAGAGAUUAUUAUUUUUUGCCAAAUAGCAGGAGGGAUGCAUAAAGAGCAGAGUCAGAGAUAUAGAGGUACUUUGUAAGUCUAAUGUCUGUUUUAUCCAUGUGUAAUGAGAUGUGCUGGGGUAUUUUUUCUUUUUUGAAAAGCUAUUUCUGCUUUCCACAUGAUAGCUGCAACACUAUCAGGGUUUUUCAGUGUGAAUACAAAAAUAUGUAAAACUCAGUAUUAUACAAGCGGCCUGCCCCAUUUUUCUGAUUUGAACACUGGCCAAUAUCUUGGGCUGUGGAAGAAAACACGUCAUAUUAUUCUGACUUGCAUAAUUCAUGCAGCCGAUUAUUGCUUUCCAAGAUGCCGUUUGGUCAUUACAUGACUAGAUAUCAUUCUGGUAGUUUAUCUCCCCCCCCCCCAAAUCUCUCAUUAAAAACAUAUGUUUAUGCAUCAUUUUUUCUGUCUGAGAAGACCAAGUAUAAUAAAACUUAGAAAUGAAUAUGAUAGUUAGAUGACACACCUUCCGCAUGACCUUGAAGUGUGCUUUGUCCUCUUAUCUAGUGCAUCUCGGCCACAGCUAUUGACAGUAUCUUGGAUUAAAUGCAUUUUUUUCCCUCUGUGAAGAGGUUUGUUCAUGUUUGUUGAUCUGUUUGGCAUAUUUUGGAGCUGUUUAUUCUGCAAACACUUCUUUGCAGCACAUCAGUGUAACGCAGUGUGAAGAAAUCCUGUUUAUUUGAAUUAAGUUGUAAUGGGUAUUGUGUAAUGUGUUCUGACAUUUGUAUCGUACUGUGCAUUGUAAUGUAUUCGAUGUAGGAAGUUUUCUGUCUGGUCUGGUGAAAACUAGUUUUAACUGUUGCAUGGGGCCUUAACUGACAGCCAAGAGAGAAUCCUUAGUAUUCGGGAGGGAGGGAGAGAGAGUAUGCAUAUUUUGUUUGUUGGGUGCAAGCUUGGAAUUUUCAGUUAGACAGUAGGAUUGGAUGGAGCUGGACUUGAGUGGCCAGAAUAAAUGUGUGCAAUAUUGUUAGUUAAUUGAAAAUUGGAGGGGGCUGGAGACUUAGAGUUAAGGGUGGUCAGUGACAGCAGAGGAAGGGGGUCAGGGGAGGACAGAAUGCCUUGUUGUCUGAUAACUUGUUGUGGGUAGCUGAAUCACUUGGCUUAGGCUGAGGAGGAAAAGGGAGAACCUGAACGUUGGUCUCUGGUGACUGGCAGGAGAGGGCAGAUUUCCAGGGCAAUGCAGCAAAAGAAAUCUCUUCAAUAGGUCAGUAAAGGGUUGGAUGAAGAGGCUUCCAACAGAGUCCUCCAUUAUAGUUAAUUGGGGUGGAGAGAAUACAAAAGCAAUUCGGCUAAAGGGCUUUAAUCAUAAACUCUAGAGUUGGAAGGGACCAUGAGGGUCAUCUAGUCCAACCCCCUGCAAUGCAAGAAUCUCUUUUGCCCAAUGUGGGGCUUGAACCCACAACCCUGAGAUUAAGAGUCUCUUACUCUACUGACUGAGCUAUCCAAUUAACUGUUCCUUUAAAGCUGUCUUAGCUGGAUGUAAGCUAUUGGUAUUUAAAGUGACAGUAAGAAGUUUAAAAAGUAUAAGCUAAAGAUAAAGUGCUAUUUUUGAAGUAACCAGAAAAACUUUUGCACUUAAUAAUUGUAUAAUAAAUUAAUAUAAUUAUCUCUAUUAAUUAUCUGUAUCUGACUGGCUUUGUACCAUGCCAGUACCCCAGAUUUAUGGAAUAUUGGUUAGCUAAGGGUUUUAUGGAAAUAAGUGAGACUGAAUGGUGGCAGGGCAUAGGUUUAGAAUUUGCCAUUGACAUGGGAUUUGGGUUUUGUCAUUUUUGAGUAUGUAAGAAAAUGCCCCCUUCCCUCAACAGAAAGCUUCCUUUUUUGCACAGUAUACACAGGACUUUUGGGUUGCUAUGUGAAAGAGCUGAAGCUUAGAUAGGUUUUUGCUCAAGGAUGGGCUUCUGAUUGUAUUUUAACUCAGUGACUCUGUUGGAAUAGAUAUGAAGAACAAAACUAGUUUGCAUUUUAAAAUGUAAUGUCUUCCUCUACAACACUGGUAAUAUAAAAUUUCUGUUCAAUGUUAUUUACACUCUAGGAAUAAUUUCACUGCACUUUUGUACUCUUGCAGAUUUCUGAUCCAGUGACCUGUGAUGAAAUGUUUGAGAGUUUAGCCAAAAUCCAUACCAAUUACUAUAAAAACAAGGUAAGUCCUAUCACUGUGGCCAGGUACCCAGUGUUAGAAUCUGACAGCUGCCUCUGGGAUGUGUUUUGUAAUCCUGAUACUAAGAUUUAUCUAUACUAAGAUUUAUCUGAUUUAUCUUUAGCAGGGGAAGCAAACAUGGCACCUUAUAGAUGCUGUUUGACUCCAGCUCCCAUCAGCCCUAGCCAGCAUGUCCAAUAAAAUCAUAGAAUUGUAAAGUUGGAAGGAACCACAAGGGUCAUCUAGUCCAACCCCCUGAUAAUUAUCCCAUUAUCAGGGUUAAUGGGAGUUGAAGUCCAAUAACAUCCAGAGGGCACCGUAUUAUCUACCACAGUGUCUUUGCUUUUUCUUGAGCAAGCCAGUUCACCUUUUACUGUGUAAAUUGGAGUGGCAAACCUGUGGCUCUCCCAGUGUUAAGACUACAGUUGCCCCAAACCGUCACUACUGGCUAUGCUUGAUGGGAGGUGUAGUCAUGCAUUUGGAGGACCACGUUAGCCAUCCCUGCUAUUUCAGAAAUGCAUGCAUAUAUAUAUAUAUAUAUAUAUAUAUAUAUAUAUAUAUGAAACAACAGUGAGCAUGUUCGUGCUAUAGCAUUUAGCAAAUUUACUUCAGCAUACAAUUUUGAUGCCAAAUGAGAAGAAAGAUUAAGAGAACAUUGUUCUCAGGGGAAGCAGGAGGCUGCUAUAUUUAUAUAUAUAUUUUCUGUUUGUUUGCAUAGUAUCCACGUUUGAAAGAUACAAGCUUUACUGGGGUGACAGUUGAAGAAUGCAAGCUAGUCCUUGCAACAGGUAUUUGAGCAAACUAUGCUUUAUCCAUUUACUGUUCUGUAUCUGGUUGGCUAAAACGAUUCAGCUGCCCUUUACAUCCCCCCUGCUUUGCACACAGGAGUUUCCUCCCUCCCUCCUUCCCAUAAAUAGCCUUCCCAUGAGCAAAACAUUAUGCAAAAGCUGUUUGUAAUGCACCAAUUGUAUUCAGUCUUUAAUGUUAGUGCUAAGACUAACACGUUACUUGAGGAAUGUGGCACACUAUGAUAAAUGGAUUUUGUGUCCCAAAAAGUUGAGCUUAGUCUAGGAAAUAGAUGCAAGUGGGACCUGCAAUUUCUCGCUCCCUAACAGCUGUUCAAGGUGCCAGCCAUUCCUUCUCUUGCAAGCUGCAUGGGCUGCCAAGGAGGGAUGCUGCCUCUUGGUUUUUUUACAUUAAUAAUUUGUACUGUUGAAUACUUCAGGGUCCACCUGACCAUGCUAAUACUGCUCUCUUGUUUCUCAUCAGCCCUAUUUUGCCUCCAAUCCUUUCAGUACAGAAUUGGGGUUUUCAGCGUUUAAUUGCCCUGCAUUUGAGACACACAAGUCUGAAGAAGGGAGUGUUUGUUUCCAGAGCUAAUGAGCCUCAAAUUAAGACUCCCGGUCACUCCCACAAUAGACAUCAGUAAUCAACUGAUUUUGUUGCCUUCCAUUCUUCCUGCAUUUGUGGUUUCUGCUUGGGAACAAGAAAUACGAUAAAGAACAGUCUAAAUUAACCUGUGUAGAAGCUGCUUUCUCUGCUUGGUUUCAGUUUUUACACUUCAAGAGUUUUCUAUUAUACUAUGAUUUAUCUAAGCUAACUGUAUCAAGACAAACAGCCUUUAUAGAAACAGUAAAUUUAAACAUUCCUGAAGUGUCCUGAAGCUAAAUAGCAGUCUUAUGUUCUGGCUGCAGUGCAUAGAAAAUGCUAGUCUUUGCUGGCUCCACAUGUACUGUUCUGACUAAGGAGAGCAGGUCUGCCCCGGGCAGCGAAACAUAAACUUAUUGAGAUGGAAAUGAAUGGUUGUUUCACACCUUAUGCUUUUUAGAGUGUACUUUAAAUGGAAUGGUUGGACAUGAUUAAUGUGAGUGUUCAGGCAUGUGAACUGCACAGGCACAUGCACCAGGGAACUAGGACUGGCUGUGGUUUUCUGUCACAUGUAUACAUGAUGGCAAACAUGCAUAUAUCACCAUGUUACUGUUUAAGCAGCCUCUUAAAGAAAAUUGUUUUUAUAAUGAAAACCCUAUUAUUAUUGUCUUUUCUGACUUCCUCUUAAUGCAGCUAGCUUGAAGCAGAUGGAAGAAGCAAAGAAAGGAAAAUGGACAAAGUUACGUGAGAAAUUUUCUGCCAAGAAUCCUGAAGAAGAUUCCAAAUGA